CAACUCGCUAAUCGAAUCCGUGGAAAAAGCCUGUCUCUAUUCCGAGUCUGAGUCCGUCAAUCACAAGACAAUCCACCUCGGAUUGUGCCGAGAUGGUCUACCUCUGUUGCGGGUGUUGUCUUGGGGCUUAGGGCUCGGAUGACGUCAUUUGUCUCUGUUGUAGCAUUCUGUUGUAGCAUGGUCACCAAGAUAUCUUCAACAUCUGCCAUCUAAGCUAGCCGCUAUCGUAUAUCGUGGACAUCGGGUAAAGCUUCCAUACUACUAGGUCAGGUAUCUUGGCGGAUGUUCCACCACAGACUAUUCGCAUCCAUCUCAUCAAUAAGUCGUCCACAAACAAUACUCUCACCAGAGAAUCCUCUACACUCCCAAGGCUCAACCCACACAUCAGCCCACACAACGACCACUCCAUCCCAACCAUCCAAUCAGCCAACAAUCAACAACCAACCACGGGUCCCAUACUAUCAGCAUCUGCCUCGAUCCUGCGCCCCAUGGAUCGUCCACAUAUUCACUCCUUCCACUCACCCAUCCAAACCAAUCCAUAGAGAAAUAAUUGGUGAAAACCAUGCGACUGGGACUGCAUUAGGGACUAUCAAUGCCGAUGGCAGUAUGCCGAUCGACCGGGCUUUCGUGAGCAUCGAGCUGGUGCAGAAGAACGUCCUCAUGCUAGGCUGGAGACAGGUCGACGUACUCUCUCAAUAUGGAUGCGCUCGACGCCAGUGCGCAAUGUCUGCCGCUGGAAGGCGGAGUAUCAGCUGCUGUGACGUGUGAAGGGGUCAGCUCGCCGGCGGAGAAUAAACAUGUGGGGCAGAUAUGAUUCGAGAUGAGAUCUCUGCAAGACUGAUAAAAUGCG